UUGGGGAUUGUUUUAAUAAUUGUUUUUAUUUUGCAAGCUGAGCGUCAUUUUUUAGGCGGUAGUCAGGUUCGUAUUGGCCCUAAUAAGGUUGCAAUUUUGAAUUUGAAGUUAAUGAAAAAGGAACAUAUUUUUCUGUGUUUUUCUAGUAUUAUUUCUUUUUUUUUGUACCUUUAUAAUUAUAUUUUGGUUUUCUUUACCUUAUAUUUUUUCUUUUUUUGUUUUGAUUAUUCUGGAGUUUUUUUAAUGUGUGUUAUGGGAGUUUCUGUUUUUCCUAUUAUGAUGUCAGGGAUUUUUAGAGGGGUAUAUUCUUUUUUAGCUGGUUUGCGUUCUAUUUGUCAGAGUUAUUCUUAUGAGAUUGCUUUUUCUUUAUAUUUUUUGAUUUUUUUAGCUUUUAAUAGUGGGUAUUUUGAUUUACAUACGGCUCCAUUUGAUUUUACUGAAUAUGAGAAGGAGUAUGCUAAUUUGCUGUAUUUUUGUUUUUUUAGUAUGAAUUUUUUUAAAUGUUAUAGUUGUUUUAGUAGUUUUGCUCGUAGAGCUUAUCUUCGUUUUCGUUAUGAUAAAUUUGUGUCGAAAUUAUUUUUUGCCUAUUGGGUUUUAUUUUUUUGGGUUUUUUUAUUUUUAUUUUAUGCUUGUUUAGUUUAA